AUGGUCAAAUGGUCUACGCCAGUCCCACUAAUUAUUUUUAUGGAUGAUGUGUUGGGCAAUGUGUUGAAGCAAUGGAACAAACAUCAUGCCAUUUACAUGUCAAAUGCCAACUUGCUGCGUGAGAUGCUUGAGAAAGAGUUUUUGCUCAUUGUUGCAGCUGAAUCUGGCAUCAUUGCAUGGGACUGCAAGGACAGUGAGGAGGUCAUGCUCAUCCCUUAUGGAUUGUUUGUCACUGGGGACAAUCCCAUGCAAGCUGAAGAAUGCAGCCAUGCUGGGCUGAACUGCAACUAUUAUUGCAGGACGUGUGAUGUUGGUGGCAUGAAGGAAUAUAAGGAGUCUGAGGCUGGAUAUAGCAAGGGUACUGUGAACACAGUUCAACAGCAAUUCGAGACUGCAAUGCUAUUGGGUGCCUUGAAGAAGGUGAAGAACUCUGUGUCAUCAACUGGUAUUUGUGAUACAGCUUCAGCCUCCAUCCUUAACACACUGCUGGAACUUGGCAAGAAACUCAGGAAAUGUACAGUGGGUUCUCCAGCAAUACCUGAAAACGAGGUCAGCAUCACACUCAAGAAAGAGUUUGAGCAGCUCUUGCAAGGUGGAAAGCUCGAUGACACAAUCAAUCCCCUGCUAGGCAUGCAUGCAUUCAAUGUCCAUAUGGAUACGCCAACUGAAAUCUUCCAUACAAUACUGCUAGGUGUUGUAAAAUACUUCUGGGGGCAAACACAUUUCAAGAGCUUGGCACAAGUAAUGCCAUUCCUCAUCUAUGACCUUGUCCCACCAACAGUCCUCAAUGGUUGGACAGUCAUGGGUGAACUUGUUGUCCUUGUCUGGCACACGAAAAUAGCAAACACCAAGGUUUACCUUGCAAAGUUAACACGAACGAUCCAAGAUUUUCUGAACAUGACAGCGCAGUGUGCACCAAGUAUCCUGAUUAGCAAAUCCAAAUUCCAUUUUCUCAUUCAUCUCCUGGCCUAUAUUCGACGUUUUGGACCAGCAAUUAUCUUCUUGAUGGAGCGAUAUGAAUCUUUUAACCACAUUUUCUGCUUGUCUUGCAUAUAUAGCAAUCGCCAAGCACCAAGCAGAGACACCUGCAAAGUAUUUGCUCACCAGGACAUCAUCAAGCAUGUUGCUACUGGUGGUUACUGGUAUGAUGGUGAGAUCAAGAAAUGGGUUCAUGCAGGAGUCCAGGUCUUAAGUUAUCUUGAUGAGCACCCUGAACAAGCACAGCUGCUUGGGUUAUCAAACUUCAGUCGCAGCACUCCAAUACCUGGGUCAGGAAAAGUCGAAACAGUAACUGGAAAGUCUAGAAAGACGGUCUGGAAGGACACAGUUUUUUGGAAGGAUACACGUUGUGCGAAUAUUCCCAGAACCAUCCUAUGCAAUCCAAACAUUGAUUACCACUGGGCAAAUGUAUUUGAAGUUAUUGUUCGACCAUCAGCAGAUGGAAAGUCAGUGAUGCAUCUUAUGAGUGUUGUCUUGCAUGAUAUUGUGUGUUCUGUCAAUGUCCAACAUAACUGCAUCAAUUCACAUUGCACCGACACCACUCAGCAACCCAUAUAUCAAGAAUGGACCAUAACAUCUCACUCAAGGCCCAUCAUUCAACACAAGCCAACCCCACACUACCUCCUCAAUGUAUACUCUGUUCAUAACUACGACUACAUCAAUCUUGUUAUGCCCAAUACCCUUCACAAGACACCACUGAGAGUGACCAAUGUGACUGAAGUUCGAGCAUUGGCAGUGCAGCAAAUGCAGGAGAAGUGA